AUGGAGGAGGACUGGGGAGAGCCAGGCUACCAAAGAGAGAGGCACGAAGAGGCGGUCAACAGCAGCGCCGCCCCGGCGCCAGAGCUUGCCCGGCGCAAUUGGACGGGGGGCGCAGCAGGCGAACUGAGUACGCGCGUGUGGGGUUGGAAGCUGGAGGACCCCGGCCCGUACUCUGGGGCGUUGGCGGAGCGUGCGCCCCCUCGGCUGCGCUGCUGUCAAAACGGCGGCACCUGCGUGCUGGGCAGCUUCUGCGUCUGUCCGGCGCAUUUCACCGGCCGUCACUGCGAGCAUGACCAGAGACACAGUGAUUGCGGUUCCCUGGAGCACGGCGCUUGGACCCUCCGCGGUUGCCGCCUCUGCAGGUGCUUGUUCGGGUCCCUGCACUGUCUUCGCCGCCAGACGCCGGGCCGCUGUGAUCUGAAGGACUUUCUCUCUGCACACGUCACUGGCCUGAGGGCAUCUUUCCUGCUGAGCUUGCUGCUGCUGCUGCUUUGCUACUUUGUGCAAUGACACCCUUGAGGGGACACAGACUCCCUCCUGGUGAGGCUAGUAUCAGCCCUUGGCCACACAGGAGCCUCCCUCUGCUCGUUUGCAAACAGUACUUCUGACGCCUUGAACGAAUGCUUUCAGUGCAUAGUAAACAGGCACACCCAAGUCCCCUUUCAUUCCUCCCUGGGAAUUGAGGUCUGUGGGUGGAGAC